AUAUUGUACUCCACCAAGGACACAAAGAAGAAGUUGCUACCGGUACAAAUCGGGUUGUGACAAGCUGAAAGCGGCAAAGUUCAAGGCAACAAAGCAGCGUUCUUCACUCGUUCCAUUCAGCGACUAUUUAGUUUGAAAACCGCCACCAUGGAGGAACUAUACAACAAAGUCUUACAGAUUCACGUGAAACAUAAGGACUGCGAGGAGAGGAAAGCAAAUAUUCGUGUCACUAUUGAGCUGACAACAACUCCAGUCCACAGGAGGGAUCUUCUAGUUAAGCUAACGGAUGAUACAGAUCCAUAUUUUCUUUUCACCCUUCCCAUAUCAGAAGAAGAUUUCCAAAGCUUGAAAGUGCAGCAGGGCCUGUUGAUAGACUUUGCAUCAUUUCCUCAGAAGUUUAUUGACCUGCUUAACCUGUGUGACUUGGAGCCAGACUCAGACAAUCCAAGGUUUCUCCUGCAUUUGACAUGCCAAUCUCCAGUGAUCGAGGGCUGUGCCACCUUCAGUGUUGUAGAAACAAAUCCUUUCAAGCACCUGAACCACCUCUCUCUGCGACUUAUCCAAGGCUCAGACAGAGAAGUGAAAGAGUAUUUGGCAGCCUGUCUGGCGUCUUUGAAGGCAGAAAAGCAGGCGCUAGACAUAAAGCUCAAGGAGACAGAAGAGGAUCUGUCUCGGCAGCUGAGUUAUACUCAACAGACUCUGUCUGAGAAGACUAAGGAACUGGAGAAGCUGCGAUCAGAGUGGACAAAUCAGACAAGUUCUCUUUCAAGUCGUCAUUCUGAGGAGUUGCAGUUACAGCGGGAGAAGAAUUUAGAGUUAAAGAGUAGAUUUCAACAUGAGAUGGAGCAACUGCGUCAAGAGCUUGACAGUGCUCAUAAGAAGAGCUUACUGGAGCUUCAAAGCAGAGUGACCGAGCUGGAGACCUCCUGUAGAGAGUUGACAGAGAGAAGAUACAAGAAUGAAUCCAUCAUCCGAGACCAAAAAAUUAAACUAGCUGGGUUGGAAGAGGAAUGCCAGCAUUUAAAACAGCAGGUUCUGAGUCUCAGGAGGGAAAACAGCACUCUUGACACAGAGGUCCAUGAAAAGGAGCGUAUAGUAAGCCAGCUGCAGGUCAGAGUAGCUGUCCUGGAGCAGGAGAUCAAAGAUAAAGAGAUGGUCAUGUGCCGCACGAAAGAAGUUCUAGAGGCAACUCAGCAGCAGAAGGAAUCAGUGGAAGAAACUGCUGAAAAUAAAGAACUUCAGUUGAGGAAACUUGAAGCAACAGUGAAAUCACUGUCGGAGGAGCUGCUAAAGGCUAAUGGGAUAAUCCAGAAACUGCAAGGAGAAGUUCGAUGCCUUGUCGGAAAAGUAAAGGUCAAAAACACAGUGACUGUGUCACAAGAAAAGGUUCUUCGAGAAACACAAGCUAAACUUCAAAGUGUUGACAAGGAUCUACAGAACGCUCAGAGACAAGUCAUAAGUAAGGAGGAGGAGGUCAAACAAUUGAAGGAGCAGUUGGAGAUGACAAUACAGAAGCUAAAUGAAAGCAAAGAAGUAUUAAAAACAAAUGAAAAUGUUAUAACCUGGCUUAACAAGCAACUAAAUGAAGUUCAACUGACCAAAAAGACACCAUCUGCUGAACCUUUGGACAAUUCUUCAGGAUUAUCAACACUAACAGGACUCCGAUCCCAGUUUUAUCCUCAGCCUGGUAAACCUGCUCAGUCCCCUGCUUUGGCCACAGACUCCACUCCUGCUGAUCCCAGAGUUGGCCUGACAAUCAGCCAACAAUUUAAAGACUCUGCUGGUCUGGAUGCCAAGUACUUCAGCAGUGGAAAUGAUGGCAUCCCAGUCUACUCUUUGUCAUCUAAUAUUACCCAAAAAGAGUUACCUCUGAAGUCAAAGCCUCCCGUGAGCUCCGCAUACUUCUCUUCAUAAAGUUUCGGCUGCUUGUUCCAUCAUCCCAUCAAAAACAGUUUUCGCUUCAACAAGAGGUGGCCAGCUCUUUUUCUGGUGUCAUCCCCACAUGAUUUGUGCAAAGAUGUUUCUAGCAUAUAGAGAAAAUCUCUUCUUUUAGUACCCAAUUGUAUUUUUUUCCCCAUGAUUUUCAGCUUGUUUUUGUGAAAUUGUAAAGACCAAUUUUCUUUUAGAUUAAAAUAAUAGUUUCAAACCAAUUAUCUUUGUCCUUGUUUUAAAUAAGUACAUUUGUGUUUUUUUCUGUGUCAGGAUGCUGUUUCAGGUUAUUAACCUGAAAUCAUGAAUAAAUAAUAGAAUUUAUGCCUCUGUUUGGUUUGUUAGAUAAGUUAUAGCAAAUUUUAAAUUAACCUAUUACCUUGAAAUUUGUUGGUAAUUUGAAUCAGCCAUGCAGAUUUUCAUUUCAUUUUCUCAUUUUCAUCUUUGAGUUGCAGAGCAAAAUGUUUAGUUUUUCUGUCCUCUAUACCUACCUCUAUAGUUACGCUGCUAUAGGCUUAGGCUACUGUAGGACAUCAGGGCCUAUUUUUCUCACUCUACUGAUUU